UUGCAGGACCAUGGGCUCGUCGCCGGUAGGCUUGAAGACGCCUAUAGGGCGGGCGAGGGGCAUCUGGAACCUCUCGACCGACCAGGAAUGGAAGACUCCAGAAACCGAACAAGAGUGUCUGGAGUAUUAUCAGGAGAAGAUCGCCCACGGCCAACACAAACGACUUCUACCACUUCAAGAAGAUCUCGCCGACUGGCUCAACAAAACCCUAAAUUUAGAUCAUAUUACCGCUACUAACCUUCUUGACAUACUCGACAAUGGUGUCGUAUUGUGCCAUUUAGCAAUGGUGAUCCACGAGAGAGUGAAAGAUGCCGUUGAUACAGGACUUGCUUCCGGCCCUGUUCCAGUAAUAAAAGGACCUUUUUUUGAGAAAGCAAAUAGGAGAAGUUUUUACUCACGUGAUAAUCUUGAGAAGUUUAUUACUUUUUGCAAACACCUUGGCGUUCAUCCCAAUUUGUUGUUUGAAACAAAUGACUUGGUGCAACAGAACCAGCCAAGAAAUGUGGUGCUUUGUUUAAUGGAAGUUUCCAGAAUUGCAUCAAGGUAUAAUUUAGAGCCACCCAAACUCGUUGCGUUAGAAAAAGAAAUUGCUGAAGAGGAGUCACGAGAGUUGGCUGCUACUUGGACACCCCCUGCUAGUAACAUAAAACACAGCAGCAGUGAUGGCAAAAUGAUGUACAUACAAGAAGGAGGAUGUGGUGUUGGUGAAUCACUUAGACGGACUGCUAGUGAACACAUUGCACCUGACAUACGUGAUGCAAGUCCUACCGAUACAACCGAUGAUGAUUGGUCUAGAGCACCAUCUCUUGAAGAUCAUAGUGAGCUAGACAACUCUGCAUGUGGUCUGAAUGACCUCGACAUCAAGGUAAAAUCAGUUGCUAGAGUGGCACAGAAGCAAUGCCAAUGUGGAACUAGAUGUGACAAACUUAAAGUUAAAAAAGUUGGAGAAGGAAAGUACAACAUAGCUGGACGAAAUGUAUUUGUAAGACUUCUUAAAGGGAGACAUAUGAUGGUAAGAGUAGGAGGCGGUUGGGAUACCCUUGAACACUUUUUACAACGGCAUGAUCCUUGUCAAGCAAGAGUGGUGAGUCGUCCAGUGACACCUGCGUCAUCUGGAAAAAUUCCUCGACCAUAUAGUGCUUUACAGUCUUAUGGCGUGCACUCUCCUUCACAUACCCCUCACACCCUGGCACGCUGAUGUCCAGAUUAUAAAUUAUUAACUUUCUUUUUUUAUUGUUAUUCCUUUCAAUAUACAUAGUGUGCUAUGUAGUAGAAUUUAGUUUUGAAUUUUUUAUGACUUGCACUUGUUAAGUUUAAAUAUUUAUAGAAGUGGCAUACUUUUGUUAAAACAAAGCAUUAAGUUAGGUAACAACUAAGUUGUUAUUAAGGUUUUUGUUUCAGUAUUUUGUAAGAUGAAUUUUUUUUAUUUCUACAUCACCUUUUG